AUGUCUAGCAAAUGGUUUAAUGCUAUACACCUACUGGUGUGCCCGUUGACGGUACUGGUAGGAUAUCUCAUGAACGCGUAUGGCUACGGUGCGGCGCUGCAAGCAACCCUGAAUAAGGAUGGUCUGGUAAAUGCUAUGUUGGUAAAGAAAGGGUGGUUUUGGACUUCCUUGGUCGGAUGGUGGUGUAUUAUACGCUACCGUGCGGUGCCGGGGGCAACCGGCAGAGACCGAAGACACAUUGUCCAGUCAUUCAAAAGGUAUGCCAUACUGACAGUGUGGUGGUACGUAUUCACGCAAGGUAUAUGGUUUGGCGUAGGCCCCAUCAUGGACUUGGUAUUCGUAUAUACGGGUGGCCAUUGUCACUAUGACGUCUUCGAUGAUGCAGGUCACGUGAACGAAGACUUCCAGGGUUCUGUCACCCGGACUAAUCGCGCGUUGGCGCUCAUUCACAAUGUCCUCACUUUGCACGGACACCACCAAGAACACCGUCAGCAACAACUCUGGGACCGCUCCAUAGGGUCGAUCCAGGGCGCCCUGCAGGCGACGCAACCGAAAACCCCAAAAAACGUAACGGCCAGCGCUGCCGCUGCCAUCAAUACUUUUAUUCAUGACCAGAUGCACAGGUGGCAAGGUCCGUUAACCACCUCGGCACAGUGCAGACGUUUUGGAGGCCAUUGGGCUGGAGGACACGAUCCAUCCGGGCACGUGUUCUUGGCCACCUUGAUGUGCAUGUUUCUUCUAGGUGAGCUACGUGUGUUUGGGCGUCGUGCACUGGCUCACUUGUACGCGCAGAAAUGGCAGCUUGUACGAUUGGUGACCCGCCUUUUCGACACUGGACCGCUAUGGACGUGGCGGCGGUGUGGCGGCGGCUCAAUGACCUGUGGCGCCCGUUUGUGGCGUGCGAUAGUCGAGCCGCCUGUCACGUGCGCGGCCGCCCUGCUCCGUUUGACGCGAUGCAUAGCAUGCGACCACCCAGUAAUCAUACUGCUGACGCUAUUGGUCACGUGGUUAUGGCAGCUGCUGUUGACUGCGGUGGCGUCCCGUUUCCACACCGUACGUGAGCACAUGUCUGGAUUGCUAGCUGCGUACAUAGUGACAGGCCUUGUCUACGCUCGCGACGCAGCCGCGCUACGUCCAGUAUGA